UAGCCGGGAACAGCUCGACGCACAGGUGUCGCCUUCGAUUCCACCUAUUUUUCCCAAUUUGAAACAGAGAUAGCUCAACGCUGAAAUGAAGGUCUUCAUCUGCCUGUUGGCCACCAUCUGCGCCUGCAAUGCCACCUUCCUGUCCCUUCUGGGCGGCGGAGGCGGUGGUGGAGGAGGAGGAGGUAGCAAGACCACUUACAAUGUGAUAGCCACGCCCAGUUCGGGAGGCGGUGGAGGUGGAGGUGGCGGCGGAGGUCACGGAUAUUCAUAUGCCCAGGGAGGCGGCGGAGGUCAUGGGUAUGCGCAGGGACAUGGCUACGGACAUGGACACGGUGGCUCCCCGCAGAUCAUCAAGGUCAUUCUGCAGGAGGGUCAGGGCUACAGCAACGCUGGAGGAUCAGCCGGCGGCAUUGUGUCCUCGGAAGGUCAUGGCUACAGUCACGGUCAUGGUCAUGGCUACGCCAGUGGUCACGGAUCCUAUGGCGGCCAGCAGGCUCAGAUCUACAAGAUCAUCGAACAGGCACCGGCUCCAGUCCCAGCUCCUGCCCCCGUUCCCAUUCCGAUUUCGAUUCCUGCCCCUGCUCCGCCAGCUGCUCCCAUUGCCUAUCAUGCUUCCAGUGGCUCCAGUGGCUACUCCUAUGACCACGGCCAUUCGCACUCCUACGGACAGUCGUAUGCUUCGGGACAUGGUUACGGUGGUGCCGCCUCCUUCGAUGCCCAGCAGUUCAAUGCCAUUCUGCCGCAGAUCAUCCAGUUGGUGCUGCAGGAGGAUUCGUUUGGCGGCGGCGGCGGUGGUGGAUCCGCUGAUGUGGCUGCCAUCAAUGGCCAGCUGAUCAACACCUUCGGCUCCAAGGGCAAGGCUAUAAUUUUGAAGGCCGAUCAGGCGCAGGGAGCCUUCUUCAAGAGCGGACACGUGGUGCAGCGGGGAACCCUGAAGGUGAUGCGCGUCCAGGAGCAGCAGCAGUCCCAGGGCGCUGGUGGCUCCAAGGGAGGCUGGGGCUCCGGUGGAGGUGCCAUUUCCGGUGGCUGGAGCGCCGGCGGAGGUGCCGCUUCCGGUGGCUGGAGCAGCGGUGGUCCACCUUCGGCCUGGUAGAUGCACUGCAUCCACAGCUCGCCUAGUUAGUUAGACCAAAUGAAUUGUUUUUUUUUUUCACCAUCUUCUAUUCUAUCGUUAUGUAUUUUUUUUCCUAGGCUAAUCCUUCACAGUCAUUAUCAGAAAAAA